AUGGAGAGUGAAGAGAAGCUCCAUGAAUCAAAUGAAGAUUUUGUUUGCAAGAAGCACGUAAAAUUCUUUAAACGAUGCUUGGAUAUACUACCAUCAGCAUACUCUUCUCUAGACACCAGCAGGUUUGUUUAUCGUUCUCAACUAUUCUGUAGAUCACUCUGAGCUUUAAUUCAAAUGUCAAUACGAAUCGUAUAAUAUAAACUAAGGUAAAAUCGCAAAGCUAAUACCGUGUAUACUAAUUGUUGUAACAGUUUUAUUUAAGCAUAGGCUUGCUCAUUGCAACUAUGUCAGUGAUGACCCUUGCAAUAGAGGCCUUAAAUAUUUAGGUGUACUCUUUCAAUAAAGAAUACUUGAACCCAAGAUGCAAAGAAUAGAAAACUUUAAGGGGCCCAUGCAGUCUCUGGCAAUAUCUGCAUUGUAUUUUUGUACAUGACUACUCUGCAAGCUCUCUUUUGUUUAUUGGCCACGGAGGAGAUUGACUGCAUCAAUUCAAUUAAUUACAGUCAAACCCGCUUAAUGGACACCCACUUAAUGUGGACACCUCAUUAUUACAGACAGUUUGCCUUGUCCCUGGAGAAAGAAAGCCCGCAGUUACAUUUUCCCUAAAUUCAAGCCACUUAAUAUGGACAAUUUCUAUGGGAUUUAUGGUCCUUCCACCAACAAAUCGUUUCGCCUACAUCCUGUUCACUAACGUCUUAGGUCAUUUUGCUUAUGUGUUAGGUCAUUUUGCUAACGUUUUAUAAGAAAAGUGUCAUAAGUUGUUUUGGUAACAUCUGGUAAGUCAUUCUUUGAAUAAGAACAAAAUUUCCUCAAGAAUCUUACUCUAGAAGAAUAACGCCCUGCGGCUGCUUAUUUUUUAUGUCAAAGAAUUCUGUUAUGAAGGAUAGCCCACAGCAACUACAAAUCAGUGGUUAAAGUAAUUCGGGCACUGCCAGUGUGGCAAGUCUGGUGUUGCCAAAAUCCGCAAUCACCACAUUUUAGGACCUAUAUAUUAUUAGUAAAUGUAAAAGUGAAGUAAUAUUAACCACAGACUCCAGCGUUCUGAUAUAAAAGUGGGGCGCUCAGAUGAUCUACUAUGACCUCUGAACAUUUUGAUUAAGUACCAAGCAAAAAGUUUUGUUUGAUUCUUUUGGUUUGUCAGAAUGCUUAACUAUUCAAUUUGUCAUCAAGUCUUACUUAAACUUUUAGUAAGUAAAAUAUAACAAACACAAAAUCGAUGUCAGUAAACCAUGAGUGAAAGAUGUUAACAAAACGACCUAACACAUAAGCAAAAUGACUUAAGAUGUAAGUGAACAGGACAUAGGCGAAAUGACCAAUAAAGUGAAAGGACCGGUCACCUUUUAUGGCCCCCUCAGUGUCCGUAUUAACAGGGUGACUGUAACUCUCAAGAUGAAAGCUACAAUGUGCAUCUUUUCUGCUUUGAUUGUGACAGGGUAACUGUGGCUUUCUUUGCACUUUCUGGUCUUGAUAUUUUAAAUUCACUCCACAUAGUGGAGGAAAACAAAAAGGAAAUAAUAGAAUGGAUUUACUCAAACCAGAAGCUGCCAGAUCAUACUCCUGGUAAGUUCAUAACUGCAGUUUUUAAAGUAUGACAAAGCUAAUAACUUUGAUAGAAAGAAUCAUUAUUAUUUCAAAGUUGUUAUCUUUAUGCUUUUCAAAAUUUUUCUAUUCGGAACAAUUUUUUAAUGAAUCAUAUUGCAAAUGUAUAUGGCCAAGAUUUCUUUUUUUGUGAGAAAAUUCCAGCCUCAGCUGAAACUCCAAAUAGCUGAAAAGGUUUGAAGCAGCAAUUUGUACAAAGUUCAAAACAAAACUUAAAUCUUCCUUUGGAUUAGACUUCAAAGACUUAGACUUUUGAAUUUGACCUUAAUUUUUUAACCAAACUAGCUAAUAUUUGCUGAGAUAUAAACUUAAAGCAUGUGUGUUGGAUAAGUUUACAAGUCGCUGCUAACAUAAAUAACUUAAGAGUAAACUUGGCAGCUACUUUAGAGUUUUACAAACCUUCUAGAGCUAUAUUGUGAAAUUUCAAUACUUCUUGAGAGUCUAAAUGUUAGCAAGCCCCAGACUCUGAGACCAAGAAUUUGAGAAAUUUUGGGAAAGUCGGCAUUUUUGCAUAGACAAUCCUAUAUUCUUAUAAAGUUUGUGAUCCUAAAAUGUUUAUGUUACCUUCAAUGUUUCAGCUGAUACAGACUUGACAAGGUGUGGGUUCCGUGGCUCAUCCACAUCAGCUCGUCAUAAGGUUCUAUCAGAGGUGAGAAUAAAGCUUCCAGUUUUAGAUGUUGGCUUAAUGACAGUUCCUCAGAGGUGUACAGCCAACUUAAAACACCAAUGGUUGUCUUUCCACUAGGCUAUUAAGUAAGACUUAAGAGCUGCUAAGUUUUACUUAACCAAAAAUGCAUGUGUGAAGGCCUAAGUAAAAUCUCAAGUAACUUUGCAUCUCAUUUAAGUCGGAAAGUUGAAACCAGGGGUUGAAACAAUUCAAGAAAGUUUCAAGUGACUUGAAAACCAUUCUUAUGACCAACUUAGCUGACUUGCGGUUUCUUGAGCUUUGAGAAUGGUGAAAUAUGUCAAUUAAUCUUAAUUAUAUUGCAUGGGAAAAUAGGCUUAAGUUAACCUGAAGUAAAAAGAAUCGUUUGUGUUUCAACGUUUAUUUUACUUCAAGUAACAGUCUCUUUUAUUCUUACAUUUUUCAGGGUGUACAUGAUUAUGAUUGCAGUCACAUUGCCAUGACAUACACAGCCUUGGCAAGUCUUGUUAUCUUAGGAGAUGAUUUAUCUCGGGUUAAUAGACCAGCUGUUAUUGAAGGCUUAAAGGCAUUACAACUCUCUGAUGGCAGGUCAGAAUAUUACUGUACUCUAGGAGACCUAAUUCGCUAAGUGUACAGAAUUCUGUGUUAACCCAAACCAUCCCUUGUCUUGUCUAGAUAUCUGCUUACACUUUGUUCUAACACCUCACUUAAUAAUUUUGUAUUUUUAUUUAUUGGAUAACUAUCCAAUUAAGGCCAAAAAUGAUACAUCAUUUGAAUGCAUUUUCACUCAGAAUUUCUUUUUAAGUCACACCUAGCCAGUGAACAGGCUCACUUGUGUGAGUUCAGGGAAAAUUUUGGCGGCAGAGUAUUUUUUUCCCUAACUCACUUAAGCGAGCCUGCUCUCACACAGGCUAAGUCACACCACACCCUUCACAGUAGCCCAAGGGCUUAAGCAAAGAAGAGAGACAUACAUGUAAAUCAUACAUAAAAGUACCUUAAGGAUGCUAUUUUUAAAAAUGUAACCUUUGAACAUGCUUAUAACUCUGCAUAGGUAAUAUGCCAAGGCGUUGCUUUGGGUCCUAAUUGUCAGCAUUGCAGGGUAUAGCUUAUAGCCUAAUGAGGCUUCUGGUACAGUGAGAGAUGAUGAUGAUGAUAAUGAUGAUGCUGGGUAUGGCUUAACCCUUUAAGCCCCAGUAAUCAGAUACAAAUUCUCCUGAUUGAUCUGUAUAUAUUUCCUUAAAGAAUUUGUUGAGAGAAUUUGAUAAAAGAUCAAGGCAUUUUCUCUUGGGUGAUCAUUUUAUCAAUUCUCAUAACUUAUCUCUUGACAAUGUAUGGAUAUUGUUAGGAGAUAAUUGAUGUCAGUCACUAUUGGGACUUAGAGGGUUAAACAGCAACUUUAAAUCAAAUUUUCUGAGUGGAAAGAUUCCAAAAUAAAAACAAAAUACAGGAAAUAUGAAAACUGCAAGAGCUGGACAUGUGCUAUUUCUCAGUUGGUGAUAGUAAUAUGUGAGAAAUUCUUGACAUUCUACUUACGUGUAAAUAUUUAAAUCUAAUUUUGCAGCUUUCGACCCACUGUGGAGGGUAGUGAAAAUGAUAUGCGAUUUGUUUACUGUGCUUGUUGCAUUAGCUACUUUUUAAAUGACUGGAGUGGAUUGGAUACCUCUAAAUUAGUGGAGUACAUCCGAAAAAGCAUGGUAAUUAUUCUUUUCUUGUUCAUACUUGUAUAUAUACAGAAGAAAUUGUGACCCUCAGAACUAAUAUAUUAACUGUUCAUAAAAAAUUGCAUUGUAAUUUACUUUGAAUUCAUAAAAAGAUCUUUUGGUGAUCACUUUGUUAUGAUGUAUUUUAAAGUCUAAAAUGUUGUCUGUUUGACUGUUUGCUAGUCAUAUGAGUAUGGUUUUGGCCAAGGACCAAACCUGGAAGCUCAUGGUAAGUUUUGUCUUUAAGUAUUACCAUGUUGGCAUUGUAUUAUUUUUGUUUAGCUUUCACCUAACAUGAUAAGCAUGGUCACAAAUACCUAUUUUGCUAUUCAAGGAUAACAGUAAUAGUUGUAACAAGAGUUGACAAUAAUAAACAAUAUUAUUGGACAAAGUUGAGCAAAAUAUCGUGAUUUGUCUGUGGCGAGCAGAUCAAUAAUUAUUAUUUGCCAAACCCGAAGGCUGAGGCAAAUAAGAACUCUGUACAGUAAGAACACUGGUAAGAACACUGUACAGGUUUACAGCAUGGACGCUGGGAUAUAAACCUGAGUCAUAUUAGUUGGAAGCGAGUGCUUUCACCACUGCACAACUCUUAGACCCCCAAAGGACCCUAAUAAUAAUUGAACAUGAGCUUCCAGUUAAAGGGAGAUCUAAAAGAGAUGUAGACCAGCUACUGCCAUAUAUUAAGAGAAGAGGAUUAUUCAUUAAGGAUUUACCAAUGGAAUUCUUUGUGGGAGUUGUCCCAACUAUGUGCAAAGCUGCUAUGGGAUGGAAUGUGGUCAUUUUUGGGGCCAAGACCCCUCUGAGGGGUAUGUGUGAGAACUGGGAUGUUGGAUGGAGACUGGGAACAAGGUUUCUCCAAAGGUUACCAUCUCUACUCAAACCAUAGUUUCUUUUCACCAGUAACUAAUACUUCUUCUAACAUUGCAUGUAUUUUCAGGACACUAAAGAUAAUCAAUUUUUUUUUCGUUCCAGGUGGAUCAACUUUCUGUGCAUUAGCAUCCCUUGUCUUAAUGAAUCAACUGGAUUCUUCCCUUGUGGCAGAUGAACUUGAACAAAUAAAGAGGUGGUGUUUAUUUCGUCAGAAGUCUGGAUUUCAGGGUCGUCCUAACAAACCAGUAGACACUUGUUAUUCCUUUUGGGUGGGAGCAUCAUUAGAGGUAUUUAAAUGGACAGUUUCCUGCAAGAAUAGGAAAAUUUACGCUCUACUUCUUUCAAUUCUGUGCUUUGGUAAAUUCCCAGGAAAUGUACAUCUACACUGUGAAUAUGUAAAUCAAGUUAAACAAUGCCAUUCAGGGCUUUAGGCUUGUACUAUGUGGUAAGUGGUGGCUCCUGGCAGAUUACUUACCAGUAUGCCUAACUGUAGAGGAAUUCCUACAUUCUCCCAGAAAACUAAUAAAAAACUAUUGCUAAGCAUUCUCCAUAGUUCUCUCAGGUAAUUAUAACUUCCAAGCUCGCUACUUCUUUUCUUAAAUCAAAGUCUUGCUGCUGAUCAAGACAAAGUAUGUAGUUUUGGGAUCGGGUUUCUGGGAAACUGCCCACCUACCCCUCCCCUAAGCUAACAUGAACACUUACUUCUCACGUAGGGCAAAAUGUUGGCUUAGGGGAGGGGUAGGUGGGCAGUUUCUCAGAAACCUAAAUUGAUCUUAGGUUUGUACAUCAUUUUACUUUUUCUUCUCCGUAUCUAGUUACUAGGUGCAUUUUCUUGUGUGGAUUUUCCAUCCAAUCGCGAGUACCUCAUGUCAACACAGGCUCCAGUCACAGGUGGCUUUAGCAAGUGGCCAGGGAACCACCCAGGUAAGUAUUAUAUACUGUUUAUAUGUCAAACCAUCAGCUUAACUUUAUACAGUCUAGUCAGUCUGGCUACCAACCACAAGGAUAUAACAUAGAUCUAACAUGAUCAGUUAGACUCUGUAUGGAUAUUUCAAAUGAAAUCAAAAUCACCACAAUUGCUUUUCAUGAAACGAAAAUGAAAGAGACAAAAGUGAUGACUGCGUUAUAACCCUUCCGUUCAAAUUUGACAAAUUAUGUUAGUCUUGCGAUGAUGGCAAAGAAAUCUACCAAAAAAGUGUGCUGCAUGUUCAGAGUUUUUGCUUUGCUUAUUAAACCUGUUGCUUUAAUUAUUUUUGUUGUUUCCAUUUUCAUUGUCGCGCUUGCUUGAGCUCACUAGAGUGUUAUGACACAAAACAAAAUAAUUCUUGAUAACUUCAUUCUAGUUUUACAGCCUCAUUUAACACAGUAAUAUAGCUUUCAUAUUUAUCAUUUGUUUAUAGAUGCUUUACAUACAUACUUUGGACUGUGUGGUUUGUCAUUGAUGAGUGAACCAGGACUGCGAAAAAUUCACGCAGCAUUGAACAUUACUCAGAGAGCUGCUGAUCAUUUGCAUCAAUUACACAGCAAAAUGAACAGAUGAUGGUCACUUGAAAAUGAUUUUAGGAGGUCAUAAUAUGCACCCCUAGACUGUUCAUAGUCCCCUAUUUUUUCAUAAGAUUGCUGAGAACAAACACUGCAGGUGACCAUCUUGACCUGAAAAUGACUAUCUAAUCUACUCAGGGGGUGAACACAGUUUGGGAUCACUCCCCCCACUACUAUCAACCCUGAUGCCCACUCUCCUUGGUUCAUUUGAACCCAAUUACAAAAUGGCUGCCAGGAUGGUGAGCACUUGAUCUUGACAAUACACAGCCUUGGCAAGUCUUGUUAUCUUAGGAGAUGAUUUAUCUCGGGUUAAUAGACCAGCUGUUAUUGAAGGCUUAAAGGCAUUACAACUCUCUGAUGGCAGGUCAGAAUAUUACUGUACUCUAGGAGUUCUAAUUCUGUCAGUGUACAGAAAUCUGUGUUAACCCAAACCAUCCCUCGUCUUGUCUAGAUAUCUGCUUACGCUUUGUUCUAACACCUCACUUAAUAAUUUUGUAUUUUUAUUUAUUGUAUAACUAUCCAAUUAAGGCCAAAAAUGAUACAUCAUUUGAAUGCAUUUUCACUCAGAAUUUCUUUUUAAGUCACACCUAGCCAGUGAACAGGCCCACUUGUGUGAGUUCAGCGAAAAUUUUGCCAGCAGAGUAUUUUUUCCCUCACUCACACAAGCGAGCCUGCUCUCACACAGGCUAAGUCACACCACACCUUUCACAGUAACCCAAGGGCUUAGGCCAAGAAGAGAGACAUACAUGUAAAUCAUACAUAAAAGUACCUUCAGGAUGCUAUUUUUAAAAAUGUAACCUUUGAACAUGCUUAUAACUCUGCAUAGGUAAAUAUAUGCCAAGGCAUUGCUUUGGAUCCUAAUUGUCAUAUUGUUAGGAGAUAAUUGAUAUCGGUCACUAUUGGGACUUAAAGAGUUAAACAGCAACUUUAAAUCAAAUUUUCUGGGUGGAAAGAUUCCAAAACAAAAACAAAAUACAGGAAAUAUGAAAACUGCAAGAGCUGGACAUGUGCUAUUUCUCAGUUGGUGAUAGUAAGAUGUGAGAAAUUCUUGACAUUCUACUUACAUGUAAAUAUUUAAAUCUAAUUUUGCAGCUUUCGACCCACUGUGGAGGGUAGUGAAAAUGACAUGCGAUUUGUGUACUGUGCUUGUUGCAUUAGCUACUUUUUAAAUGACUGGAGUGGAUUGGAUACCUCUAAAUUAGUAGAGUACAUACGAAAAAGCAUGGUAAUUAUUCUUUUCUUGUUCAUACAUGUAUAUAUACAGAAGAAAUUGUGACCCUGAGAACUAAUAUAUUAACUGUUAAAUUUUGUAAAAAAAUACAUUGUAAUGUACUUCAAAUUUAUAAAAAGAUCUCUUGCUGAUCACUUUGUUAUGAUGUAUUUUAAAGCCUAAAAUGUUGUCUGUUUGACUGUUUGCUAGUCAUAUGAGUAUGGUUUUGGCCAAGGACCAAGCCUGGAAGCUCAUGGUAAGUUUUGUAUUGAAGUAUUACCAUCUUGGCAUUGUAUUAUUUUUGUUUAGCUUUCACCUAACAUGAUAAGCAUGGUCACAAAUACCUAUUUUGCUAUUCAGGUAUAACAGUAAUACUUGUAACAAGAAUUGACAAAUAAUUGGUUUUAUGAAACAAGGAAUGAAAACUUUAUUGUAGUUUAUUUCCUCAAAAAGCAGUUAGGAGUUCUCAAGAACUCACUUGAAUGUAUCCGUGUGCUUCAUAUUGAAUUGGAAUUUAAAAGUGCUGGGUUUUGAGGAGAAGGGCAAACUGGAGUACCCAUACAUUAGACCUCAUCUUGGAGCAGUGGAGAGAACCAACCACAAAAUCAACCCACAUACAGGCAGUGUUCUUACCAGACCGUGGCAUUGUGGCAUUGCCGCACUUUUUUUGGGAAACGCCCCACCAUAAUAAUUAUGCUAAUUAUUAGCCAAAGGGGUCCCAAAGGGCAAAGAAGGAAAAAAAAACUAUUACAAAACGUACGUAAGCAUACAUACACAUACGUACAUCUCUUUAUAAUAUAAGCCAAAAUUUAAUUGUUUAUGUUGUCUUUAGAAAACAUUCAUCAUUAUCUAAGAGUCAGACCUGUUAAAACGUUGAGUUAACUGUAUCUAAAAAUUGUGACCCGCUUUUCUCCCUCAUGACCAGGCCCUUUUAGCUUCUCUUUGGGUCCUGUGUACCCCAGUGUAUGAAAUCCUGGUGAGAACAUUGUACAGGUUUAUGGCAUGGACGCUGGGAUAUGAACCUGAGCCACAUUAGUGGGAGGCAAGUGCUUUCACCACCUCACCACUCUUGCGCCCCCAAAGGACCCUAACUAAUAAUAAACAUGAGCUUCCAGUUAACCCUUUAAGCCCCAGUAUCCACAUACAAAUUCUCCAAACUGAUCUCUAUACAUUUCCUUAGACAAUGUGUUGAGAGAAUUUGAUAAAAGAUCAAAGCAUUUUCUCUUAGGUGAUCAAUUUAUUAACUCUUAUAACCUAAUCUCUGGACAAUCUAUGGAUAUGGUCAGGAGAAAAUUGAUGUUGGUCACCAUUGGGACUUAAAGGGUUAAAGGGAGAUCUAAAAGAGAUAUAGACCAGCUACUGCCAUAUGUUAAGAGAAGAGGAUUAUUCAUUAAGGAUUUACCAAUGAAAUUCUUUGUGGGAGUUUUCCCAGCUCUGUGCAAAGCUGCUAUAGGAUGGAAUGUGGUCAGUUUUGGGGCCAAGACCCCUCUGAGGGGUAUGUGUGAGAACUGGGAUGUUGGAUGGAGACUGGGAACAAGGUUUCUCCAAAUGGUACCAUCUCUACUCAAACCAUAGUUUCUUUUCACCAGUAACUAAGUCUUCAAGUAUUGUAACAUUGCAUGUAUUUUCAGGACACUAAAGAUAAUCAAUUUUUUUUUCGUUCCAGGUGGAUCAACUUUCUGUGCAUUAGCAUCCCUUGUCUUAAUGAAUCAACUGGAUUCUUCCCUUGUGGCAGACGAACUUGAACAAAUAAAGAGGUGGUGUUUAUUUCGUCAGAAGUCUGGAUUUCAGGGCCGUCCAAACAAACCAGUAGACACUUGUUAUUCCUUUUGGGUGGGAGCAUCAUUAGAGGUAUUUAAAUGGACAGUUUUCUACAUUGUGAAUAUGUAAAUCAAGUUAAACAAUGCCAUUCAGGGCUCUAGGCUGGUACUAUGUGGUAAGUGGUGGCUCCUGGCAGAUUACUUACCAGUAUGCCUAGCUGAAGAGGAAUUCCUAGAUUCUCCCACAAAGCUAAUUAUUUUAUUGCUAAGCAUUGUCCCUGGUUCUCUCAGAGGUAAUUAUAGCUUCCAAGCUUGCUACUUGUUUUCUUAAAUCAAAGUCUUGCUGCUGAUCAAAACAAAGUAUGUAGUUUUGGGAUCACUUUAGGUCUCUGGGAAACUGCCCACCUACCCCUCCCCUAAGCUAACAUGAACAUUUACUUCUCACUUAGGGCAAAAUGUUGGCUUAGGGGAGGGAUAGGUGGGCAGUUUCUCAGAAACCUAAAUUGAUCGUAGUUUUGUACAUCAUUUUACUUUUUCUUCUGCGUAUCUAGUUACUAGGUGCAUUUUCUUGUGUGGAUUUUCCAUCCAAUCGCGAGUACCUCAUGUCAACACAGGCUCCAGUCACUGGUGGCUUUAGCAAGUGGCCAGGGAACCACCCAGGUAAGUAUUAUUAUACUGUUUAUGUGUCAAACCAUCAGCUUAACUUUAAACAGUCUAGUCAGUCUGGAUACCAACCACAAGGAUAUAACAUAGAUCUAACAUGAUCUAGACUACGAGUAGUCCCCCAUUUUUCCUCAGGGAUAGUAGAGCGAGCGAAAUGCGAGCGGGCGUGAAAAUCGCCCCAAGCGAGAAAAGGCGACACUCUCUCCCCGCCGCGUGUCGCCUUUUCUCAUGUGGGGCGAUUUUCACGCGCGCUCGCGUUUCGCUCGCUCUACUAUCCCUGAGGAAAAAUGGGGGACUACCCGUAGUCUAAACAUGAUCAUUGAAACUCUGUAUGGAUAUUUUGAAUGAAAUCAAAGUCACCACAAUUGUUUUUCAUGAAACGAAAAUGAAAGAGAUAAAAGUGAUGAUUGCAUUAUAACCCUUCCGUUCAAAUUUGACAAAUUAUGUUAGUCUUGCGAUGAUGGCAAAGAAAUCUGCUGAAAAAGUGUGCUGCAUGUUCAGAGUUUUUGCUUUGCUUAUUAAAUCUGUUGCUUUAAUUAUUUUUGUUGUUUCUAUUUUCAUUGUCAUGGUUCGGCUUGAGCUCCUUAAAGUGUUAUGACACAAAACAAAAUAAUUCUUGAUAACUUCAUUCUAGUUUUACAGCCUCUUUUAACACAGUAAUAUAGCUUUCAUAUUUAUCAUUUGUUUAUAGAUGCAUUACAUACAUACUUUGGAUUGUGUGGUUUAUCAUUGAUGAGUGAACCAGGACUGCAAAAAAUUCACGCAGCAUUGAACAUUACUCAGAGAGCUGCUGAUCAUUUGCAUCAAUUACACAGCAAAAUGAACAGAUGAUGGUCACUUGAAAAUGAUUUUAGGAGGUCAUGAUAUGCACCCCUAGACUGUUCACCGUCCCCUAUUUUUUCAUAAGAUUGCUGAGAACAAACACUGCAGGUGACCAUCUUGACCUGAAAAUGACUAUCAAAUCUACUCAGGGGGUGAACACAGUUUGGGAUCACUCCCCCCACUACUAUCAACCCUGAUGCCCACUCUCCUUGGUUCAUUUGAACCCAAUUACAAAAUGGCUGCCAGGAUGGUGAGCACUUGAUCUUGACCAUCUUAUGGAAAAAUUGGGGGCUGUGGACAGGUUACUGCACCCCUAGUAACAAAUUUUUGAGAAAAAUUUUAUGUCAUACUGUGUCAAAGAAUAAUCGUAACCUAUUCAAAGUACUGCUGAAGAGAUUUAAUUUGAAUAGCCACACAACAGGAUUUCAUACACAGUAUCAAAGAUUUGGAAUGAGCAUCCUGUCUUCAUAAUUCUGAGACAGAGAGUGUAAGUGUUAGUUUAAUAAGAUACAGGAGUCUUGUAGGCUCCAUAGGUAUUUUUAAUAUAUAAGAACCAAAACCAUCAAGUAAGAACAUAACUUCAAGCAAUUUAUCAAUACCAUUACCUCAUUUAUUUGGAUCUAUUUUUUUGUAUUCAGAAUCACCCCUUCACCCUAAACUAACAUAAAUUUCCACACGUGUCUCUGGUUUAUUGAAAUUAUAGUUUUAUACUCAGCACCCUGUUGAGGGUUUAAGUUAUUAGUACUAAAUUAAUUAUUAUUAUUAUUAAAUGCUCUGCAAAAUAACAUGAAAAGUGAAAUGUACAUGCACUUUCUAAAAACGUAGAUAGACAAACUGUAAACGAAGUGUUAAGUUAAAAAGAUAGGUUGUUGUUCAAUUUUACCCAAAAUUUCAUUUUCUUUUUCAAACUCAUUAUCAUAAAUCACC